GUGAGGUCCACUGGCAACACAAUCCACAGCUCUGGGACCGGACCAUGGAGGACUGCACUGCAACACAGCCACAACAUGUGCCAGGUACAGCAUCACCCCCAAAGCCUCCUUCACAGCUGCUUCCUUCUCUGUCUUACCUCUCUGUCUGCUUCACCUGAGGCUGUGCUUUGGUGCCUGCCUGUUGCAAAAGCGGUUGAGUCCCCUCGGCCUUUUGUCCGUGGAGAAUGGGCUUUAUAGUGGUUGUUUAGGGGCCCUUCUUGGCAGGUGAGAGCACCUCAGGUUAGCUUCACCUUGCUAAAGAUACCAGGCUGCACACAGGACGUAGUCUUUUAUAGUUUACUAGCUGUGCCCGGCCACGCGUUGCUGUGGCGAAGUGUGGUGGUAUGGGAAAUAAAGUAUUGAGGAAUUGGUGGUAGUUAAGGUAAAGAGUCCCCUGGGCUGAGUGGGUUGCUAGGAGACCAAGUGAGCGGAGCUUAGCCUUCUAACUGGGAGCAAUUGGAUAAAAAUAAUUAUUCCUCUCUCUCUCUAAUUAGGACUUUAUUUUUCUUUUCUUUUUGUUGUAUCAACCUAGAGGCAUGGAUGAUGGGUUGUGUUGUCAAAUUUCGAGGUUGGGGGGCCUGUAGUUUUGUUGUUUUGUGGGUCGCCGUGAUGCCAUCACUCUUUUAUAUAUAUAGACUAGCUGUGCCCGGCCACGCGUUGCUGUGGCGAAGUAUGGUGGUAUGGGAAAUAAAGUAUUGAGGAAUUGGUGGUAGUUAAGGUAAAGAGUCCCCUGGGCUGAGUGGGUUGCUAGGAGACCAAGUGAGCGGAGCUUUGCCUUCUAACUGGCAGCAAUUGGAUAAAAACAAUUAUUCAUCUCCCUCUAAUUAGGACUUUAGUUUUCUUUUCUUUUUGCUGUAUCAACCUAGAGGCAUGGAUGAGGGGUUAUGAUGUCAAUUUUCGAGGUUGUGGGGUGUUUACUUUUGUUGUUUUGUCCGCUGCCGUGAUGCCAUCACUCUUUUAUAUAUAUAGACUAGCUGUGCCCGGCCACGUGUUGCUGUGGCGAAGUCUGGUGGUCUGGGAAAUAAAGUACAGUAGAGUCUCACUUAUCCAACAUAAAUGGGCCGGCAGAAUGUUGGCUAAGCGAAUACGUUGGAGAACAAGGAGAGAUUAAGAGAAAGCCUAUUAAACAUCAAAUUAGGUUAUGAUUUUACAAAUUACAGUAGAGUCUCACUUAUCCAACACUCGCUUAUCCAACGUUCUGGAUUAUCCAACGCAUUUUUGUAGUCAAUGUUUUCAAUACAUCAUGAUAUUUUGGUGCUAAAUUCAUAAAUACAGUAAUUACUACAUAGUAUUACUGCCUAUUGAACUACUUUUUCUGCCAAGUUUGUUGUAUAACAUGAUGUUUUGGUGCUUAAUUUGUAAAAUAAUAACCUAAUUUGAUGUUUAAUAGGCUUCUCCUUAAUAUCUCCUUAUUAUCCAACAUAUUCGCUUAUCCAACGUUCUGCCGGCCCGUUUAUGUUGGAUAAGUGAGACUCUACUGUAAGUACCAAAACAUCAUGUUAGACAACAAAUUUGACAGAAAAAGUAGUUCAAUAGGCAGUAAUGCUACAAAGUAAUUACUGUAUUUACGAAUUUAGCACCAAAAUAUCACAAUGUAUUGAAAACAUUGACUACAAAAAUGCGUUGGAUAAUCCAGAACGUUGGAUAAGCGAGUGUUGGAUAAGUGAGACUCUACUGUAUUGAGGAAUUGGUGGUAGUUAAGGUCAAGGGUAAAUUUAUUAUUUAUUUAUUACAAUAUUUAUAUCCCGACCUUCUCACCCAACGGGGACUCAGGGCGGCUUACAUUAAAACGCAUACAUAAAAAUUAUACAGUGCAAUAUAAACCAGUUAAAAAAUUAUUAUUAACUUACAUCAGUAUUCAUAAAACACAUUAUAAAAUACAGGUAGGCGCGUUCAGUUUAAAAAACUGGGUCUGUCGAUUGAGUUCCAGCGUUAAUUAAUGCUGCCAAUUAUUAUUCAAAAACCUGGCCACAUAACCAAGUUUUAACCUUCCUACAGAAGGAUAGGAGGGAGGAAAGUUUUACCUGACAUUAAGUCCAUUCUAAAUGGGUUAUAUAGCUGUGUGGAAGGGCCUUGAGUCUACACUGCCAUAUAAUCCAGUUCAAAUCUGAUAAUCUGUAUUUUAUAGGCAGUGUGGAAGAGCCCUAAGUGAGGCCUAACUCUGCCUGUCCCCUGGGCUGAGUGGGUUGCUAGGAGACCAAGUGGGCGGAGCUUAGCCUUCUAACUGGCAGCAAUGGGAUUAAAAACGAUUAUUCCUCUCCCUCUAAUUAGGACUUUAUUUUUCUUUUCUUUUUGUUGUAUGAACGUAGAGGCAUGGAUGAGGGGUUGUGCUGCCAAGUUUAGUGUUUCUGGGAUGUGUAGUUUUGUUGUUUUGUCCUGGGCCGAAAUUUCAUUACCCUUUUAUAUAUAGAUAUAGAUAGAUUAGGAAAGCCAAAGUCCCAGAAACGAGAAUACAUCCAGGCAACGAGGUAAUACAGGAACGCAGGCUUGAUACAGGAAAGCAGACUUGGUUCUUGAUUCAAGCAAGGAAAUUGCUUUGACAAAGAUCUCCCUCUCAGCAGACUGUUUGAAUAGCAUAACAUGAAGGCAUUUCUUUGCCCUUUCACCUCCCUCUUAUUUGCUAUUCGGAGGCUUCUACGCAACCCCCGAAAUUCCAGCCGACUAGCACGAUUGAGCUCAGCGGCCUCAUAAUAAUAAUAAUAAUAAUAAUAAUUUUAAAAAAUUAUUUAUACCCCGCCACCAUCUCCCCGUGGGGACUCGGGGCGGCUCACAACGUUACAAAAGGAACAGCGCAAAUACAUUAAACAAUACACACAGUUUAAAACACAAGAAGAUGAUAAAACAGAAGUUAAAACAAAGGUUUAUACAACAGUAAUAAUAUCAAACAACCACCAAUGCAAUUCAGUCAACUUCAAAGGUGGUGGUGGGGGGGGGACUAUAGCAGCAAUCUAUAUAUAUAAAUGAGUGAUGGCAUCACGGCGACCCACAAAACAACAAAACUAUAGGCCCCCCAACCUCAAAAUUUGACAACACAACCCAUCAUCCAUGCCUCUAGGUUGAUACAACAAAAAGAAAAGAAAAAUAAAGUCCUAAUUAGAGGGAGAGGAAUAAUUGCUUUUAUCCAAUUGCUGCCAGUUUAGAGGGCUAAUCUCUGCCCACUUGGUCUCCUAGCAACCAACUCAGCCAAGGGACAGCCAGGGUCCAGUUAGGGAACAGGCAGAUUUAGGCCUCACUUAGGCUUCUUCCACAGAUUAUCAGAUUUUAACUGGAUUAUAUGGCAGUGUAGACUCAAGGCCCUUCCACUCAGCUAUAUGACCCAUUUAUAAUCUUAUAUUAUCUGCUUUGCACUGGAUUAUCUUGACUCCACACUGCCAUAUAAUCCACUUCAGUGUGCAUUUUAUACAGCUGUGAAGAAGGGGCCUCAUAUAAUCCAGUUCUAAGCAGAUAAUAUAAGAUUCUCAAUAUACAAUAUACAAUUCCUCAAUACUUUAUUUCCCAUACCACCAGACUUCGCCACAGCAACGCGUGGCCGGGCACAGCUAGUAUAAGAUAAAAUCAUUAGAUUAAAAUAACCUGAUGAAAGGAACCUAAUAACAUUCAGAAUAGAAUUACAGUAGAGCCUCACUUAUCCAACAUAAACGGGCUGGCAGAAUGUUGGAUAAGCGAAUAUGUUGGAUAAUAAGGAGAGAUUAAGAAAAAGCCUAUUAAACAUCAAAAUAGGUUAUGAUUUUACAAAUUAAGCACCAAAACAUUAUGUUAUACAACAAAUUUGACAGAAAAAGUAGUUCAUUACACAUUAAUCCAGAACGUUGGAUAAGUGAGUGUUGGAUAAGUGAGACUCUACUGUAUAAUGAGGCUGGUCAUCCAAUAAUGAAGGCCGCUGAGCUCAUUAGUGUUAUCAGAGCUACUCUCCUUUUCUGCUUCUCGCGCCUGAAAACCAUCAUCAGAAACAACAUCAUUUCUUCCCAUGGGAAAAACUCCCUGCUCGUCAUCUCCCACAUUAGGAACACUCUGCACCUGAAUCCCAUAAUUCCCAUCUCGAAACGCAUCCUGAAUCUGAAUCCCAUCCUUAUGCACUUGCAUCCCAGAAUCCUCAUCAGAGUCACACAAAGGCUGAGUCACAACACCUUUCGUCAUGUUGCAGCAAUGGGAAGUUACGCUGACGUUUCAGGGAAGUUUAAUUUCGGCACCCGGGGUUGCAACACCCAUUGCAACACCAUGGAAAACGCGGGGCCCGGUGUCAUGGGUGACGCUGGCGGGCGACCGCAGGGUCCGGAGGAGCCAUUUCCCAGGGAUGAGGGGCUCUCACGGACCCCCCCGGGGUGGCCUCCUCCUCCUCCUCUUCUUCCUUUCCAUUCUCUUUUCAGGAGAGCAGAGAGCCGUGGCCCAGGUGCCUGUCUUCAGGUCCCGGAUCUGGGACGUCAACCAGAAAUCCCUUUACCUGCAGGACAACCAGUUGGUGGCCGGAUACCUGCAAGACCCUAACUCUGCAAUGGAAGAGAAGUUCUACUGGGUCCACAACCUGGCCUUUGACCACCAGAGAUCCCCGGUCAUCUUGAGCAUCCAGGGCGGGAGGAAGUGCCUGGCCUCCACCCCGGGGACCAAGCCUGCCCUGCAGCUGGAGAGUGUCAACAUCACGGACCUGCCCAAGUGCGGUCACCGCUGCCGCCGGGACUCCACCCGCUUCACCUUCUUCCUCUCCAACCGAGAUGGGAUCUCGCGCUUCGAGUCGGCCGCCCACCCAGGCUGGUUCCUCUGCACUUCGGCCAGGAGCGGUGAACCCCUGGCCCUCACCCGGGAACCCGGCCCCGACCACGUGGUGGACUUCUACUUCCAGCCGUGCUGAAG